AUGGGGAGACCGGAAGAGGGGGGGAAACGUCUUUUCGGGGCGAAUAGACCCCAGAAUCCUACAGGUACCCAGCACGUAUAUAGUGUGGCCAUGUACCAAUGGCGCGAAUCGAAAACAAGCACAGCAGAACUCGCAGGGUCUGCGAUGGAGGAGAAUGGGGGAGAAGGGACUACUGCAGCCAACUUCCAGCAGAAGCAGGAGGGCAGGUUCCAAGUGACCCCGUGA